AUGACCACAGAAUCACUCACAUUCAAAAGUGCAAAUAGUAGCGUCAAUGGGGCUUUGAAAGAUUGCUUAACUGCCACAGCUGCCAGCAAGGAUGCAAAUCUUGCUCCAAGUCGGACUCGACGGCCCCUACCACCAGAGCUCUUCUCUGAGAAUGUUGUAGCAAAAAUAAUUCGUACUGCAAAGGAGAGGCUGGCGAACAACAAUCCGCCUGUACAGUAUCCCGAAUUGGUUCCCCAAACAGGAUCCAGUCCUGAAUUUGGCCUCAUCUGGUCCAACCCGAUCCAUGGCGAAGCCACCUUGACCAAUACACAAGGGUACGACGCAACGACCACAUGGUCACGCGGCCAAGCAUGGGCCAUUCUCGGCUAUGCACAAACAUACACCUGGACUGGUGAACCAGAUUUCCUCGACAUUGCGUGUGGUGUAUCAGAAUAUUACUUAUUAAAGCUAGAAACGACACCCUCUUGCGUGGAAGUCGAAGUCAAAAUAGCGCAUCUUGGACAUGAAAGUAAGUAUAAAACGAUAAAGACUGGCCGCUAUGUUCCUCUAUGGGACUUCAACGCACCUAUCGGUGGCUCUUCCUCACUAUCUCUGAGAGACCCUUCCGCCGGUAUGGCAGCAGCGAAUGGCCUGCUUGUUCUCUCCCAGAGCCCUUCCGGACAAGCGGAACACAAGUUGAGCGCUCGAUACUUGGACGCUGCUCGGAGGAUAGUUCGAGAGAACAUCGAGUAUUCGCUUACCUCCGUGUUGGCGCCUAAAUGA